AAUCACUCUUCUACCGUAAUCCGAUCGACUAGCAGUUGACCAAGACAGAAAAAAGGAGAGGAGAGAAAAAAACACGGAACAGAAAUUGGACAAAAUAUCUGCUGGCAUUAAUCAGAAUAAAAUAAAAGAAAACGAGAAAAUCUACAAGGAAAUCUCUUUAAACAAAAGGUAAACUUCAAUUUCCAAUUGACAGUAUUGGAAUCUCUUUACAUUAGAAAAGUUGGCUAAAAUCGUUUCUAUAUUUAAAUCUAUCGAUAGUUGAUUAAAUUUCUAAAACUUGUCCAUAAUUAUCAUAUUUAUCCCUUUCUUAUUAUUGUCUCUUCCUCCCCCAUCUUAUCCAUAGAAAUUAUCUUCUGCUUCUUCUGUCUUGUCAUUCCGUUCUUCUAACGCGAGUUCGAAUUAAUUAGACUAUCUCCAGAUAAGUUUAUUGAUGACCGUUUGGUGAGAGACAAUUCUCUUCCUAGGCCUAACUCCCCUUCCAUCUUACACUUAAAGAAAUUGUCUCUUUCCGGAAUAACUUUGUAUAACUAAAACCGAAAUCUUUCGAAUCGUCAAGAAGAGUUAGCUAAUCGAAUAUUCAGCGAUAUUUAAAAGAGAACACAUCCAUGCCCACAAGUAUUUGUGAAUAAAGUUUUAACAAAACUCAAUUAUAUGCAUAUAAUUUCUCUUCUAUCAGUUUUCAAUUCGUAUAGGACUAUAUAUGCAAUUUAAUUAUGAGAAUGGAACGCUAUUUGAUGUUUUUUUUCCUAAGUUAUUGAGCUAAAAACUUGCGCAUUACAUAAAAGAUUAUUUUAUAGAAACAUUUUAUUUAAAGAGUAAAACAUACGCUGUGUAGUAAAUAAAGAAAUUAAUACAACGCCAUUUCCUGCAAUAUGCAGUAUAUGAACUUGUCUAUACUAUAUAGACUUUAUAUUAUUAUAUAUGGAUAUAAAGGAAAUAGAAAGACAUUUGUCGAACUAGUUCUUUAACUGUUAAGAAGAGAGUAUAACAUUAGACAGUUGUAUAGAUACAGUCUUCUCCGUUUCUCUUCUUUUGGACCAUUAAGAAUAAGACGAUCUGACGUCUUCUUCAUACGUUUUCACUUUUAUUUGCUAAUUUAUUUCCUUGCUUUUACCGAGCAUGAUGUUUCUUAGCUGAUCUUCUAACGUAGAAAUAGGUUUAAAAAGCUUGAGGAUAUGUAUGUCCCUAAAUUGUAUCAGUUUGGGUUAGAGUACCAAUUCGCUUCCCCUCUGUGUAACGAUUAAUUCCAUUUUCCGAUCUUUCCUAAUCGCCCUAUCUUCAGCGUCAUUGGAAUAAAUUGGUCCCCUCUAUAAAUAAAAAACGAUAUACAAUCUGCCUUUCCAUUUUUAUAAGAGUAUAUAAAACCUAUCGAUAUCAUUUAACCUUAUAUCUUCGCUUAUUAGAGAACCCGAUUCACUGUGCAAUUAAAUCAGCUCAAAAGCCGGGCACACUUGCAAGUUGAGGGUAAUAAGGCGAAGCGUUACAAGUAUUUAUUGCUUAAUUGAAAAAAAUCGAGCGUCUCUUUCCUCCACACCUAUCUAAAAACUUUUUAUGAAUGAUGGAAUCUGUCCAAAAAAUGGAAUAUUCACUCGAAAAGAGAAAAAGAUACUAUACAAAUCCUGCAUUAUUUGCACCUAAAUUUUAUUAUUAUAAGACUUUGUCGUCGUCUGAUUAAAAACGGAUUUUCUCUUGAUUAUUAGAUCAAAGCUCCUAAGUUUCUUAACCAUUUUUUUCAUCUAUAUACGGACAGUUUUCCUUCUUUUUCCUUUUUUCCUCAUUUCUACUAUUUUAUAGCUUAAAUUUAUUUCUGUUUAUAUUCUAAGCAUACGACAAAGGAAAGUGACAAACAACAAUAAGAACCAACGAUAAUGAAUGGGAUAAUUUUUUAUGCUAGAGAAGAGAAAAAAAAAAUUACAACUACCGUUUUUGUUUAUUAUUAACGCAUAGACAUUUAUAAGUAAUUAAUUAUAUAUAAAAAAAGCAUGAUAUCCUUAGGAAAGAGAUUCUAUUAUAUUUACUUGAAUUAAAUAUGUUGUGUACUAUAUUCCUUUUUACAUAACUAAUUAAUUUAAUUGGGUGAGCGGAAAACUGCAAAGUAGAGAAAAAAACAAUACAAUCUAUUUUUAGGGUAGAGUUUCAGUUCAAUAAUUUCAUUUUCUGUAGAUAAAUUAUAAGCAACUUACUAUUUCUACAGAUCAAUUAUCAUUAAGGCUUGGUGAAGGAUUACAUAGAAUAAGGAUUAAUAUCGUCUAUCUUAUUUAUAUAGUUGUAAGAAUUAGCAGAAAAUAUAAGAAAAACAUAUUCAUUAUUUCAAAAUUUGACAAGCAUUUUCAAUUUUUUAACACCUAUCUAUCUCUUCCUCUUAUCCUCUCCUAUACGCAUUCCAUUAUUAAAAGACAUGACGAGUUUUUUUCACUCCUAUUCGAUAUAACACUAUAGGCUGAAUUGUUUUUAUAUCAAUUGCAGGGAUAUAUUGAUAUAAAAUGAUCGCGUUCGUCUUCGUCUCGAGAAUCGUCGGACUGGUAAGUACUAUAAAAUAGGGUAGCACCGUAAUUAAUCACUGCCUCUAAGAGUAACUCGUUUAUAUCGAAAAGCUCCUAGGAAUAUUCGCCUUUUCCACAACGACUUCACACAGUACCACUAGCAUCAUUCAUGUUCACUGCCCAAUAGAAAAUUCUAUGGUACAGAUCAACAUAAAUGUUUCAUUUCCCUAUAAUAUUGCAAGUAAUGGAUUUAAAACGGAUCCUUGCAAUCCAAAAUCAGCCGAUUCACAUCCAUACGGAUCGUAUGCAUUCCAAUCAAUCGGUUUCGUCGUCCUUGCUAUACUCAGCUCUUUAGUAUGCCUUCUUGGCUUAAUUGUUUAUAUCUGUUUCGACGAAGCCUAUAGGGAAAACUACAAAUUACCAAACGCUGAUUUUUUAUUGUCCGUCGUUAUUGUCUGCUUAUGGAUCGUUUGUACGACAGUCUGGGCGGACGGAUUUGUCAAGAUAAAACAUUAUAUCGAUCUGCAAACACUACGGGUCAACGGCCACUUGGAGGGUUGCAAGGAUUUGCCUCAUAAAUGCAUUACCGUAAGCCACGGAAAAUUUGCUAGCAUUUAUGCUUCAUUGGUAAAUUGUCAUUGAUUUAAAUUUUUCGUAUAAUAUAAUCUGGUCUUCUUCCCUUAUUUAUUCCUUGCAGUGUUUCGGUUACCUUAACGCUCUACUUUGGGCUGGUAAACUGUGGUUUCUCUUCUCUGAAACGUCUUUCUACAAAGGUCAACCGGUACCUAUAAAGGAAGAAGACUGCGAACCAUUUCGAAUUUGAGUCUCUUUUUAUUUUAAUAAAUAAAUUAAAGUCGUCAAUUAUUUAUAAUAAAUAAUGAAAAGACUUUAU